GGCGCACACCCCAUCGCUCCUCCCCGCUUCAAAAGGAAGGAAAGGGCAAGGACAAGCCCCAGCCCUGCCAGAGCCUGCCCCGACCGUGCUGCGCAGAGAACGAACCAACUCACCACAGCAGUGAUCCCUCCUCACGCUGCCGGGAUGGAGAGUCGGCAGCUCACCACCAAGGAGCCAGAGAUCGAGCUCUUCGUAAAGGCUGGUCUGGAUGGGGAAAACAUCGGAAACUGUCCCUUCUGCCAGCGCCUCUUCAUGGUGCUGUGGCUCAAAGGGGUCAAGUUCAAUGUCACCACGGUGGACAUGACCAGGAAACCUGAGGAGCUGAAAGAUUUAGCACCAGGCACCAACCCACCCUUCUUGCUGUUCAACAAGGAGCUGAAAACAGACUUCAUUAAGAUUGAGGAGUUCCUGGAGCAGACCCUGGGCCCACCCAUGUAUCCACACCUGAGUCCCAAGUACAAGGAGUCCUUCGACGUGGGGAGCGACAUCUUCGCCAAGUUUUCAGCGUACAUCAAGAACCCACGCAAGGAAGCAAAUACCAAUUUGGAGAAGGCUCUGCUGCGGGAGUUCCAGAGGCUGGAUGUCUACCUAAACACCCCUCUCCCCGAGGAGAUUGACCAGGACAGUGUGGAAGACAUCACUGUCUCCAAGAGGAAAUUCCUGGAUGGAGACCACCUGACUUUGGCUGACUGCAACCUCCUGCCCAAACUGCACAUCAUUAAGAUUGCAGCCAAGAAGUACCGCGACUUCGAGAUCCCGGCGGACAUGACGGGCGUCUGGCGCUACCUCAACAACGCCUACGCCUGCGACGAGUUCAGCCACACGUGUCCCGCCGACGAGGAGAUCGAGCACACCUACGCCAGCGUGGCCAGGAAGAUGACCUGACCCCGCUGCGGACACCCCCAGCACGGCCCCGGCCGAGCCCUCCGCCUCCGCAGCCCUGGCACAGCCAGACCCCCGUGAGGGGGCUGGAGGGGUUCGGGCACUGCUACCCCCGCCUUUCAGAACCCGCACUUUGCUUCCCAGCCCCCGCGCCCCGUCCCCGCGGGCUGCAGCCCCAGCUCCUGCACGGAUGGUCCCUGCGCAGCUGCGCUCGUGGCUUCAUCCCUGCUGCCAAACACAAGCUUCCCAUGCCCACGUGCCGUGGGAAGGCCGAGAGCUCCCCUGGCGCAGCGCUGGGAGAGGGGAGAGCCCUGCCCACCCCUGCUGAGCUGCUCCGCUCUGCCAGACCUGCGUGCUGGGGAAGGGGCGUCCCAAGGUCUCAGCACGUUGUCCAGGCUGGAGCCUUUUGCAUUCGCCCAGUUGCCCUUCUGCACAGCCUGCCUGCGGGCAAGGCCUCUCCUCCACUAAGGCAUCCAGACCCCAUCUGAUGGCCCUGAAAGGCUCUGCCCCGGUGGUCAUGGCAGAGAGAAAUUUUCCUCCCUACUGGAGAGCUCCAACAUGCAUCCAACCCCAGUUAGACACAGGAAUGAUGCUGGGGAAGGCACCUGGGGCAAAAGCGCUGGGACCUGCAGUGGACAGGAAGGAGCAGUGCAGGGACUUGGGAGGGGCUGAGGAUGAGGGGCUGAGGGUCAGGGGAUCCCCUGCAUGUGGCCCAUCCACCCAGGGCCACAUGCUGCUGGCUGCAAGGUCCUGCCUGGCUCCUGUGAGCUAAGAAACCUCUCCCUGUCUCGCAGGGCACUGCAGGAGAUGCUGCACAUGCAGCUCCAGCUCCUGUCCCUGGUUCCCACCAACACUUCAGGUGCCUGACUAGGAGAGGGAGGCACAGGCCAGCCCUGAGCUGGUUAAAGGCUGCUGUGCAAAGCGCUGUGUCUGUAGGAGUCUGGUGGGCAGGUGUGCUGCUCCCUGGCUCCCUGUUGGGCCUUCCCAUCCACUGUCACUGAUGCAAGAGGAGUCAAAGCCACCCUGCACAGCCAUGAAAUCCCACCCUUCCCCAUCUGAUGCCUCCAGCUCCCCCAGGGGCUCCUGCCUGUGCCUGUGAAUUCAGCCAGCCCCACGGGCAAAAAAUACUGUACAGUGAGUGUGGUGGGUCCUGCGAGGACAGGGUGGCAGCAGACCCCCCUCCAGCACUCACUGCCACUUCCCCCUUUGCACUAAAUCUGUGUCCUCGCAAGCCUGCCUCUGAUAGCACGGGGUUUGGGGACUGGUUUUGUUAUUAAUGGGUUUUGGUUUGUUUGGGUUUUUUAAACUAAGAGCAGCAAUAAACUCUAUUUUAAUACGG